AUGACGCACGCGGUGAGAAUUGCGCGCAAUUUAUUUUCGAUUUUGAUUGAUUUCUCGUGCUGUUAUUGAUUUUACGCACGUAAUUAGCACAAACGGAUUCGCAGUUAAUUGCAGCGGACAGUAAUUGCUGUGCAGCCGACAGCCGACAUACCAGUGCAACGGUGUCAAUUGAUUUGAUUUGAUUUGUGAUGCGCUAAUUGGCAGCAGCUUCAAUUGUGUUCCAAAUAUGUCCAAGCUGUUGGCCAAGAAGCGCUGGUGGAAAAUCUGCUUGCCCCACGCGCAAAACGAUGCCAACAAACACUAUCGCGAAGUUAUACGACACAGCGAAUGCGCUUCGGUUUUGGCCAUUACGGAUACCAGCAGCAGCAGCAGCAGUAGUGGCAGUGGCAGUGGGAGUGGAAGUGGAAGCGGCAUUCAAAGCUGUGAUAGUGUAUCGAAAAUUUCACAACCGGAUGUUGGCAAAUUGUUUCCGCGCAAUAUGCCGAGCAUACGGCGCAGUCGUCGACGUUCCACAGAGCGCAAGGAAAAUCUUUCGGCUCCUGCUCCGGCAGCAGCUGCUGCUGCCACUCCGGCUGCUGCUCUAACCGUGCAUCGCACACAUCAGUCGCGUCAAUCGACAGUCACCAAAUUGACGCCACGCAAGCUCAAGUCAAAUUGCUCAAAGCAGCGCCACUUGGUCAAAUCUGCGGUGAAGACCAAAACGAGGGUCAAGCUGGCGCCCUAUGACAUCGCACUCGAGCUGCCAGCCCCUGGCUAUGUGGACGAAACUGCGCCCAGCUUGGCACGCGCUCUGCACUCGCAGCAGUCGAGUUUGAUAAGCAGCGAUCUGUCUAGCGACUGUUUGCCCGCCAAACAGGAGGAGCAUUUCCACUCAUCGGGCAUCUCCUGCAAUGGCGAAACCGAUGACGACGUGGAGGUGGCCAUGCUAACCGGCUGCCUCAGUCCGCAGCAGCUGCAGCGCGUUCAGCAUCGAAACAGACCCAAUCAGCAAUUGCCACUGAAUGAGCUGCUCAGUUUAAAUGUUUGCCGGAAUCGAAACGCGGUUUGGCUGCACAAUGCGCAAACGGAUCAAUUGUUGGACUGUGGGCGUGGCAGCUGCGAAACAGCAGCCAUUGCCGAUGAUAUGCAAUUAAGCGAUAUUGAAGAACAAUUGGCCAAGUUUGAUGGCCAGCAACAACAACAACAACAACAACAACAACAGCAACUAGCUGCCAAAACCAACCAGUUGAGCCACAAAUUGAAGCCCACUCCCGCACCGCGCAUGAGUAGCUGCGGUAGCAGACAACAACAGCUCAAGAUGGAGCAGCCCGGCAGCAGUUACUACACGCAAACGGAAAGCGAAUUGCUGCAGCUGGAGGCUGGAGGUGCAGCGCCCUAUCCACAGCAGCAGCAGCAGCAGCAGCAGCAGCAGCUACAGCAACAACAACAACAGCAGCAGCAGCAGCAGCAACAGCUCGCUGCUAGCAGCAACCACUCAACCACUUCGACGGUCAACAAUUUGGAUGCCCCAUCGACGGCUAGCAGCAGCGGGACGCCGUCGCAUUUUGUGUCGCCGUUGCAGCGACGCCACUGCCAGCCGCCCAACCAUUUGCCACUCAACUCGGUGGUUGCCACGCCGCUGCGCACCGCUAGCUACAAGACGGCCGCCACCGCCAGUGUCUAUCAUCAUAGCCACCAUCAGCAGCUGGACUUUCAGCGCAAUUCACAGUCGGACGACGACAGUGGCUGUGCUCUGGAGGAGUACACCUGGGUGCCGCCGGGUCUGCGACCCGAUCAGGUUCGCUUGUACUUCAGCCAACUGCCGGACGACAAAGUGCCCUACGUCAACAGUCCGGGGGAAAAGUAUCGCGUGAAACAAUUGCUGCACCAGCUGCCGCCCCAAGAUAACGAAGUGCGCUAUUGCCACUCGCUGAGCGACGAGGAGCGCAAGGAGCUGCGAAUAUUUUCGGCGCAGCGCAAGCGGGAAGCACUCGGACGUGGAGCGGUGCGGCUGUUGUCCGAUGAAAGGCCCUGCAAGGGGUGCAAUGAACAGCUCUCCGGCGGUGACAUUGUGGUCUUUGCCCAGCGCUUGGGCGCCCAAGUCUGCUGGCAUCCCGGCUGCUUUGUGUGCAGUGUGUGCAAGGAGCUGCUCAUGGACUUGAUAUACUUCCAUCGCGAUGGCAAUCUCUACUGCGGCCGACAUCAUGCCGAAACACAGAAGCCGCGCUGCUCCGCUUGCGAUGAGAUCAUCUUCUCGGAUGAGUGCACGGAGGCCGAGGGUCGCACCUGGCACAUGAAGCACUUCGCCUGCCAGGAGUGCGAGCAUCAGCUGGGCGGCCAGCGUUACAUAAUGCGCGAGGGCAAGCCGUAUUGCUUGGGCUGCUUUGACACCAUGUUCGCCGAGUACUGUGACUACUGCGGCGAGGUCAUUGGUGUGGAUCAGGGCCAGAUGAGCCACGAUGGUCAGCAUUGGCAUGCGACGGAUCAGUGCUUCUCCUGCUGCACGUGCCGCUGCUCGCUGCUGGGCCGUCCGUUUCUGCCGCGCCGUGGCACCAUUUACUGCUCAAUAGCGUGCAGCAAGGGCGAGCCGCCAACGCCUUCGGACACGAGCUCCGGUCCGCAGCUGCGGCCCACGCAUCGCGCCUCCACUUCCAGCCAAAUCGCGCGCUCGCCGCGACGCACAGCCGACACGGCGGGGCGUGGCAAGACUGGGGUGGGCAACGGGCAUGGCCAUGGCCAUGGGCACGGACAUGGUGGCAAGAGCACGGGCAGCGCCGGGGACUUGCUGGAGCGGCAGGAGCGCAAGCGUAUGGAGGCAGCGGGCGUGGCCGAUUUGCUGUUGGGCGGCUGUGUGCCUGGCAUGCCGCGACCCGCCCAUCCGCCGCCCAUAGAUCUGACGGAGCUGGGCAUCAGCCUGGACAACAUCUGCUCAGGUGACAAGUCGAUCUUUGGCGACACGCAGCUGACAUCCUCCAUGCCCGACAUGCUGCUGUCCAAGGCGGAGGACUCGCAUAGCUAUCAGAGCAUAGACAAGAUCAAUCUGAACUCGCCCAGCAACUCGGACAUGACGCAGAGCACCCAGGAGCUGGGCAACGAGCUGGAGCUGGACAAUGAGUCAGUGCGAGAGCUGCAGCUGCCGCACGAUGGCUACGAGCAGCUCUUCGCGACCAAGCAGAACGAGAAGGAGGAGCACGGCCAGCAGCAGCUGGACAAUCGGCCGCCGCUGAAGGAAGUGCGCUUCCACAGCGUGCAGGACACGAUGUCCCGCUCGAAGAGCUACACGGACAACUCGAAUGCGCGACGACGCCGACGGCGGCGCAAUCAAUCGCGCAGCUCCUCGGAGAUGCAGAUCAAUCAGACGAAUCUACGGCUGCACAAUGCCCAAACCCAGGCCGGCAGCGGUGCACUGAAUCUGCUUAACAAUCUGGACAAUUGCGAUGUGGCGAGCAUCUGCUCCACUUGCUCUUCGAGCUCCUCCAGCGACAUGGAUGACUAUGUGUACCGGCUGCCCGCCCGCAAGCAUUACGGCGGUGUGCGUGUCGCCUACGUGCCCAACGAUGCGCUGGCCUACGAGCGCAAGAAGAAGCUCGCCCAGUCGGGCGACAAUAAUGGCCAGCUGGGCAGCUCGACGGGCAGCUGUCUGGGCGCUCCGGCUGCCACAAUGCCCGCAAUUAUGCACGAGAGCAAGAAUUGCACAAUAUCAUGACCACCUCCAAUGCUGCC